AUGUUUCUCAGCCCCUCCCCCACCACAGGGGACCUAAGGAGAAAGUCGCUUUUCUGUCUGCGCAGGCGCAGCCACGCCCUCACACCGCCCCCUCUGUCUUCCAACACCCGUACUUUUGAACUUGCGCAUGCGCAUUCUGGAUGUGCCCUUUUCUGGCCUGCCCCGCCCCCUUCCACUAGUGCUCUGAUUUCUGAGGACUCGGCCCUGCCCCACUCAGUGAGGGCGUCGAGUAGAGGACGAUGGUGCCAGUCCUCCUGCCUCCUGCCUCCAGCAGUCACCAGGUAUGUGAGGGAAUCAGUGACCUUCGAGGAUGUGGCUGUGGACUUCACCCUGGAGGAGUGGAGACACCUGCACCCAUCUGAGAAGGAGCUGUACAGGGAUGUGAUGCUGGAGAACUACCACAACCUGGUCUGGCUGGGACUAGCAGUUUCCAAACCAGAUGUGAUUGAGCAGUUGGAGCGAAGGAAAGUGGUUUGGCUGUCAGAGAGAGGUGGCCCAAGAAGCACCUGUCCAGAUUGGGACACUAGGCCUGAAACCAGGGAGUCAACUCCAAAGAUGAGCCUCUCUGUGGAAAAACCAUUCCAAGAAAGAAUUAAAGGGGGUUGUUUCCAUUUCUCCAAGUUUGAUGAAGCCUGGGAGUAUGGUGACUUAUUACAGAAACAGCAGAAUGAGAAGGAACUUUCUAGAUAUGUACACAUGACUGAAAUAAAUUCUCCCAGUCAAGCAAGAGAACAUGAAUGUAAAAAAUAUAAUGGAGGCUUCUGCCAAAGUUCAAUACUUUUUCCACGGCGUAACAUAUUAUUUGGAAAGAGCCUCCUUCAUCAGUUUGAUAAAAACCAAAAGAGCCCCACACUGUAUUCAGACCAAAAUAAACAAAAUACAAUUUCCUCAAAGAAGAUGUUUUCUAAGCAUAAUGAAUGUGGGAAAAUUUUCAAUUAUGAUGCAAAACUUAUUGAAAAUCACAAUAUAUAUGAUGGAGAGAAAGCAGAUUUAGGUAAUGAAUGUGGCCAAGUCUUCUCCAGUAGCAUGCACAUUGCUCAAAUUCAGAGAAUUCAUAUUAGUGUAAAACGUUACGAAUGUAACGAAUGUGGAAAAGCUUUUAGUCAGAAGACAGGACUUAUUCAACAUCAGAGAAUUCAUACUGGUGAGAAACCUUAUACAUGUAAUCAAUGUGGGAAGGCUUUGCGACAGAAAGUACAUCUUAUUAUACAUCAGAGAAUUCAUACUGGAGAAAAACCUUAUAAAUGUGAUGAAUGUGGAAAGGCCUUCAGCUGGAAGACAGGACUUACUGAGCAUCAGAAAAAUCAUACAGGAGGGAAACUGUAUGAAUGUAGGGAGUGUAGAAAGGCCUUCAGCCGGAAGAUAGGCCUCACCUACCAUUUGAGAAUUCAUUCUGGGGAGAAACCUUAUGCAUGUAAUGAAUGUGGGAAGGCCUUCAGGCAGAAUAGGACACUUAUUGAACAUCAGAAUAUUCAUACUGGCCAGAAACCUUAUAAAUGUAAUGAAUGUGGAAAGGACUUUAGUCAGAAGGCAGGACUAGCCAACCAUCUGAAAAUUCAUACUGGAGGGAAACCUUAUGUAUGUAAUGUUUGUGGGAAGGCCUUCAGGCAGAAGAGAUCAUUUAUUGAACACCAAAAUAUUCAUACUGGACAGAAACCUUAUGAAUGUAAUAACUGUGGGAAGGCCUUUAGGAGGAGGAGAACACUUACUGAACAUCAGAAUACUCAUACUGGAGGGAAACUUUAUAAAUGUAAUGAAUGUGGAAAGGACUUUAGUCAGAAGGUAGGACUUACUUACCAUCUGAGAAUUCAUACUGGAGGAAAACAUGCAUGCAAUAAAUGUGGAAAGACCUUUCAGGGGAAUCCAAAACUUUUCCAACAUCAGAAGAUUCAUAGUGGAGAAAAAUCUUUUGAAUGUAAUGAAUGUGGCAGAGUUUUCAGCCAGAAGAUGGGAUUUAAUGAACAUCAGAAAUGUCAUACUGAAGAGAAAUCUUAUGAAUGUAAUGAAUGUGGGAAAACCUUCCAAAAGAGAACACACCUUGUUGAACAUCAGAGAAUUCAUACUGGAGAGAAACCUUAUAAAUGUAAUGAAUGUGGAAAGGACUUUAGUCAAAAGUCUGGACUUACCUACCAUCUGAGAAUUCAUACAGGAGAGAAGCUUUAUGAAUGCAGCGAAUGUGGAAAAGCAUUCCAGGCAAGAUCAAGGCUUAUGCAACAUCAGAAAAUUCAUACUGGAGAGAAACCUUUUGAAUGUAAUGAAUGUGGCAGGGCCUUCACCCUGAAGGCAGGACUUACUGAACAUCAGAAAUGUCAUUCUGAAGAGAAACCUUAUGAAUGUGAUGAAUGUAGGAAAUCCUUCAGACAGAAGUCCAGACUUACUGAACAUCAGAAAGUUCAUAUGCAAGAGAGACCUUAUGAAUGUAAUGAAUGUGGGAAAACCUACAGACAGAAGACAGGACUUAUUGGACAUCAGAAAACUCAUACUGGAGAGAAACCAUAUGAAUGUAAUGAGUGUGGGAAAACCUUUCGCCAGAGAACACACCUUGUUGAACAUGAGAGAAUUCAUACUGGAGAGAAACCUUAUAAAUGUAAUGAAUGUGGGAAAGCCUUCAGUCGUAAGAGAACACUUACUGAACAUCACAAUAUUCAUACUGGAGAGAAACCUUAUAAAUGCAAUGAAUGUGGAAAGGGCUUUAAUCAGAAGGCUGGACUGACUUACCAUCUGAGAAUUCAUACUGGAGAGAAACCUUAUGAAUGUAUUGAAUGUGGAAAGAACUUCAGCUGGAAGACAAGACUUACUCAACAUCAGAAAAUUCAUACUGGAGAGAAACUUUAGGAAUGUGGGAAGGCUUUCAGUUGGAAGACAACACUUCUUGGACAUCAGAAAAUUAAUAUUGGAGAGAAAACUUAGUAUGAAUGCCAUUUGCAGAGAAUCUAUUGAAUGUAUUGAACCUUGGAGAGAAAAAGAAGAAAAAUCUUAGAACUAUGAUACAUUUUGGAAAGCCAUGCAGGAGAGCUUAGAACUUACUCACCAUCACAAUCCAUACUGCAGAGAAGCUUUAUGAAUGUGGGGAUACCUUUAGCUGCAAAACAAUACUUACUGAACAUCAUUAAAUACUGGAGAGAAACUUG